AUGCUGACGGUUUUGGCGCUGGCGUCGGUCGUCCUCCUGGGAAUCGUUCCCGAGCAGUCCGAGGCCAUCGUGAUCUACACCAGCUGGGAGCGCCACGCCCUGCUGGGCUCCGACAUCCGGCUCUCCUGCUCCUUCUUCUCCUGGCGCUGGACCUCCGAGGACGUGACCUUCUCCUGGACCUACAGGCCCGACGGCUCCCGGGACAGCAUCUCGAUCUUCCACUACACCGGGGGCGCGGCCUACGUGGACAACAAGGGUCCGUUCCGGGACCGGCUGGAGUUCGUGGGGAACCCCGGGCGCCGCGACGGCUCCAUCCUGCUGAAGAACCUGGACUACGGAGACAACGGCACCUUCACCUGCGACGCCAAGAACCCCCCCGACAUCGUGGGCCGGCCCUCCAACGUGCGCCUGCUGGUCUUUGAAAAAGUCCCCAUCCAGGCUGGCGUGAUCACCGGGGCGAUCAUCGGCUCGGUGCUGGGCCUGCUGGUGCUCAUCGUGGUCAUCUACUACCUGAUGAGGUUCCUGGUCGCUCGCCGUGUCUUCAGCCUCAGCGUCAGCAAAUCUGGCAAGAAAAAGAAGGAGGGAUCACAGCAGAGACAGGGCCCUGCUCCUCCCGCCGACCCCUCCAAGGUGAAGGCGGCGGCCUCGGAGAAGAAGAAGCAGGAGUCGCGCAAGGAUAAGAAAUAG